GUUCUGAUGUAUAAUAAAGAUGUUUUCUUUAUGUGUGACAGUACAACUGCAUGCGUACUUUUGGCUAUUGGAUCGUACUUUUACGUACGCGAUAUCAGUGUGUGCAUGUUUUACCUUAUGGCUCAUUACUGUUUCUUCCUUUUCCGGUUUGUAUCUAAAUUUGCAUGAGAUAAGAAAUAAUGUGAUUUCUUUGUGGUGCUGGUGCAUGUUAUUUGGAAGGGACCUUAGCUGGCCGUUUCAGACAUUCACCAACUUAAUUUGAUUAUGCAGAUCUUAGGCACUCCAUCUGAAGACUUUCUAAAGAAAAUCACUAGUGAUAGUGCUCAAAAUUAUAUUCGUGCACAACCUAAAAUGGAGAAAAAGAACUUCAAAGAUGUGUUUAAAGGAGCGAGUUCAGAUGCAAUAAACUUGCUGGAGAGAAUGCUAGAAUUGGACGCAGACAAACGACCAACUGCAACGGAAGCUUUGGCUCACCCCUACCUUGCACAAUAUGCUGAUCCAACGGAUGAGCCAACGGCCGAACCUUACGAUGAAUCGUUUGAGGAGAAAGAGCUUAGUGUUGAAAAAUGGAAAAGUCUUGUUUAUGAAGAGGUACAGGAGUUUAAGAGCCGGCUAGUGAAAGACGAUGUUUCGUAGCCUACGUUAAAAGCACAACUAGAAUAAGACGAGUUCUUGACUGUCAAGAAAAAACAGAAUCUUAGCUAAUGGUUUAGAGACAUACGAUAUCAGCUGAAGUUUUUCUUUUUGUAGGGUGUUUAUUUCCAUCUUCGGUGAAUUGUAAAAUAUAAACAACAUGCAAAUGUUCAUAUAAAAUUAUAAUAAGGUAUUCCUGAAAUUUCUUCAAUUUUUUUUUAAUUUUAGAAAUAAUAAAAAGGAACUUCAAAAACCUCAAUAAAUUUAAAUUCAUAACUUUAACAAGAACCAUGUGACUAGUGUUGAAAGUCACUAUAAUUCACAAUCAACUUUUUAUUUACUCCAUAACAGAGUGAUGAGUAUCAGGUUUUUUUUUGUAUCAGAAGUUCACUGCAAGUUUCUUUCAUAUCUGACUGAAUCAAAUACUAGAUUUUAUCUUGGACUUGUAGUCACGGCCGAGCUAAUGAACAACCUGACCAAACUAAAGAUUGGACCCCCAAAGAGUCAGCAAAAACUUUUCCAGUAGUCAGUUAUUAUAAUUGGUGCUCAUAAUUCAUAAUUUCCGUUUUAUGAAUCCUUCAUGAAUAGAUCAGAUUUGAGUUACUAUCUACAAACAGACAGAUCAUAUAAAGAUGUUCUUUUAAAAAAAAUAUAUAUAUAUGUUGUAUAUGAAUAAAUAUUUUGUACUGUUGCUGAUUUUGGUUGUCUAAUUUGGAAUGUUAACCAUACAAAUACUGUUUGUAUAUCUAUAAUUCUAUAAUAUACAUAUAGACAUAUAUAGGGACCCUAGAUCUAUCUUAGCACGAGACUUCCAAAGUGCUUAAUUCGGCCCUAUUUGUAUGUAUUUCUCAUAUAUAAGGUAAACUUUCUUUGAAUGAAAAACGUCACAAAAUAUUUUAAUGAUUAGUAUAAAAAGUUAUUUCUGUGCUUGUUUGUCUAAAAUCAUGAUAGGUAUGUUAAGAUAUUUUUUAUUUUUAAAAUGUUUUAAAAACAUAUUCAUGUUUUCUGUUGUAAGGGUUGUAAAAAGAUCUUCAGUAUCGUUCCUUUCUUUCGGUGUUCAUCACAUUCUUACGUACAUAUAUUUGGAAAGUUUUAUUAUUACUUUUUGUUUGUUUUUCAAGACAGAGAUACGAACAACAGUCAAGAAGUUUGGGUAUAGAUACAGACAAGGAGCCUAAUACAGAAGUUGAGUAUAUUAUAUUAAAAUGAUUUUGUAGCCUAACCAGAUCAUUACGUUUCAUAUUGCCAUGUCUGAUCAUGCUCUGUCUGAUGACUGUGCAUUUUGGUGAUAGCCUUGCAGUAUAUUUUCCAUCGCAAAAGGCUCCAUAAUAAGAAUGUUACGUUCAAACUACACCAUUCUUCCUUGCAUGCUUUCCACAAUUCAUCUAGCUUAUGAGGGCGAGAGUUUCCCAGUGCCUAUUUCAGCAACCUGAUUGCACAGGAAUCCAUAGGCACUGCAUCUGGUGACUUGACCAGUAUGCAUCUUAUGGGAUACCCUAAAUAUCUGUUUCUUUCUUCAGCUGCAUAAUGGGAGAUGUGAUGACUGAAAGCCUUUUCUUGGUGGCUGAAUUUUUAGGUGGAGAUCCUUUUUUUUUAUUAUUAUUUUGUGCAAUGUUGCCUGGGGCAUGUGGAUGACUUUCGUGUUCAUGGAUUCUCACUUGUUAUGAAACAAUACUAUUUGGUUAUCACAGUUAGGUUAUGAUUUGUUGUAUGUCUCUUUCUGGAUGGUUUUGGUGUCCCAAGCUGGUCCAUAUUAUUUUGUUGUCCAAUACCUACAUGCAAGGGUUAUCACCAUCUUGGAUAUUCUAAAUCCUUGAUCAAAACACACAUUUAUAAUCUGGGUGUAUUAAUAUUUUACAUUUUAAAGAGCUGUAACAUACCCUUCCAAACAAUUAUCAGCUUUCGGUAGCAUCACUCUACCUAUGAAACUCUAAAAGAGUGUUAAAAUAUAGUUCUGAUACAUUCAGUUCCACUGCAACUUUAUAUAUUCUGGUUUUCAUAUUUAAAACCAUUUUUAUGUAACUUACUCAACCUUCUGUACAGCAAAUAUAGAACAGUCGAGAAACAUGUAUGUAUAGUACAGGCAAGGAGCAUUAUGUAUCUUUUAUACAGGUAAAGCACACAUAUUUUCACCGUCACUUUUUAGACCUAAUCUUAUCAUGUUGCCACCAAUACCUCUCUAGACCUGAUUAGUUUUACAGGUAAAUAUAAAAUAAAUUUGGUUCUCCUAAACAACAUUGUUUCUUCUUCUAUACUUGAGAAUUAAUCUGUUGGAUUUUAAAAUUUGGUGUGACAGUUGUGAUUUAAUUCUAGACCUUUUAAUAAAAGUCCUUAAAUGUGUUAUCUCUGAUGUUAAAAACCAAUUUGGAGAACAAAUUUUCACUGACUUGUUUUGUUUUUUCCUUUAUCUCGGAGUUCACUUUGUUUCAGAUUUUCUUGGUUGAAGUAAAAAUGUUAUAAAUAUAUUUUUUUAAGAUCUAUGUGACUUUAAAAAAAGUUGACAAACCUGCUGUUUUCUUUCUUCGCUUCAGAUUGUGUAAUAAAAAAUAUUUUUCACAUCGUAACUGGUGAUAAGAAAAAAAAAGUGUUAAAAGUUCAAUUUUUGUUAUUUUGUUAAGCCUAGAUUACAAGAAAAUCUCUUAUUUGUGGAUUGUAUUUUAUGAUUUUUAUGGAACCUGUGGCAUUCAAUUUUUGUUAUUUUGUUAAGCCUAGAUUACAAGAAAAUCUCUUGUUAUUUGUGGAUUGUAUUUUAUGAUUUUUAUGGAACCUGUGGCAUUCAAUUUUUGUUAUUUUGUUAAGCCUAGAUUACAAGAAAAUCUCUUGUUAUUUGUGGAUUGUAUUUUAUGAUUUUUAUGGCAGUUAAGUAAUACGUAGUAUUGUGUUAAAGUGUUACUGUACAUUAUAAAAUAAUUGUUCAUUAAUUAAUAUCACAAAUGUUAGUAUAAGCAAACUGCUGUUAUCUUUAGAGAAGUGACUUUUUAGAUCACGAGCAUUGUUAUAGAAAAGUCACUGGAUUUUGGUUAAGAUUCGACGAAGGAAUGAUUAUAGUUCUAAGUGGCGUCGUAUAUCCAGGUUAGUUGAAAAUUUCUUGUACUUUAGUUUACUCAAAUUUUGCAUUAAAUACAAUGUAUCUAAUACAUGUUAUUAUUCGUAACAAGGUCGAUGUUGGAAAAACGAUUGAAUGUUGGGCAUAAUAAUCAUUAGGUUAGCUGGGAAUUCUAUGUAUAUAUCACACGUGUUUGUUUUGUGAUUAAACCAUAAUAUUUUAAGUCAUAUAAAGUUUUAAAGCACAGAAAUGUUUGAAAACAAUCAUUAUUCAGAUUCAUUUUAAGGUCGUGUUAUGUGCUUCCUGAAAUGUACUAAGUGAACAUGAAGGUGUAAAAAAAAACAUUUUACAUACAAAUUUUACUUUUUCUGUUGACUCGAAUGUAGAGGAUGUUGUAAUACGCAUCCAUUACUAGUAAGUUUCAACAAAUGAUGUACUG